AUGUUACAGUCACCACAAUCUAGAAUCAUGAACGCAUUGUUCGUCACAGUCCUUGCCUGCUUGGCCGUCUACGCCUCCGGCUCGGGCAUCGGUCUUGGCGGCGCCAUCCUCAAAGGACCCUCCGGCAUCGUAACCUCCGCCGGACCAAUCGGCCCAGCCGGCAUCGGCAUUGCCGCCCCAUUGGCCGUCGCCGCCGGCCCCGCACUGAUAGGAGCACGCGCCGGAAUCGCGGUGCCCGGAAUCGCCGCCGGAGGCCUGCUCGCUGGUCCCGUCGCCGCCGGUGGCCUCCUCGCCGCUCCGGUCGCCGCCGGAGGCAUCCUCGCCGCUCCAGUUUCAGCUGGUGCAAUCGCCGCCGCCCCAGUAUCCGCCGGAGCCAUCGCCGCCGGACCAGUGUCCGCUGGAGCCAUUGCCGCCGGACCAGUGUCCGCCGGAGCCAUUGCCGCCGGUCCAGUGUCCGCUGGAGCUAUUGCCGCCGCACCAGUAUCCGCUGGUUCCAUUGCCGCCGGACCGGUGUCCGCUGGUGCCAUUACCGCUGGAGGAGUUGUGGCUGGUUCGAUUACUGCCACCGGUGUUGUUGCUGCCCCCGCUCUGGCCGUGGCCGCCCCCGGCAUUGUCCGUGCACCACUCGGUUUGGGACUGGGAUUGGGAUUAAAGGGAUGUCGUUCAAUUAUUUUGCAAAAUCUGUACCAGUUGUCACCUCAACCUAUAAUCAUGAACACAUUGUUUGUCGCAGUUUUCGCCUGUUUGGCAGUCUACUCCUCCGCCUCCCUCGUAGGUUUGGGUGCUCCCGCAGUCGGUCUGGCUGGCCCGAUAGGUCUCGGUGCCACCCUUGUAGGACCCGCCACCCUGGGGGCCACCGUCGUUGGACCCGCUACUUUAGGAGCCUCUGUCGUAGGACCCGCAACUUUGGGAGCCUCUGUCGUAGGACCAUCUACUUUGGGUGCCACUGUGGUAGGACCAGCAACUUUGGGUGCCUCUAUCGUUGGACCCGCCACCUCAGGAGCCGCCAUCGUUGGACCAGCAACUGGUGGUGCUAGUCUCAUCGGACCAACUGCCGGUGUAGCCGUGGCCGGCCCGGCUCUUGUUGCUCCAGCUGCUGUUGCAGCUCCAGUUGCUGUUGGUGCCGUAGGUGCUGUAGGUGCCGGUCUCAUCACCAAUGGAGGUGGUACCAUCGGAGUUUCUGGUUUGGGAGCUGCAGUAAGAGGACCACCAACCGCUCCCGUGGUCAUUGCUGGUCCUUCCGGUAAAGUCGCCGCUAGCGGGCUUUGGGGACCAACCUUGGCAGGUUUGACUGCAAAGGCGUGGUAGAGUUCUGCGCAAUGUGAUCGAUGAUUUUGACUGCUCAACUUGGAACCUAUUUAUUAUAUUGAUGUUUGUAUGUGUAUAUAACUCUCUAGGAUUUAAAUAAUUGUUUCAAAUUUUGUUUUGAAUUAGUAUAAAGAUAUACUGCCUA